CAGCUAGACAGAUGUAAGCUAGCACAGAUAUAAAUUAGACAAAGAAACCUUGUGAAGAGACUGAGUGAAAAAGAGUUUAAAGUAACGGAGGGUGAAAGGAGCGACUGUGACACAAAGCUACAUGCGUUAUUCGAUAUAUAUGGAAGUAUGAAAUUGAAAGAGUGGCACAUGAAGAUUGGGCCAUGAAUGAUCCUGUGAUGACUUAGAAAAAAUUCACCUUUGUACAUUUCAACCAUUCAAGAGUGCUUUAAGGAUCAGACUGAGUGGUACUCCGAAGCCAGUGAUGUCACGGGUUCCCACCCCUCCUCCUCCUGGGGAGAUGUCAAGUGGACCUGUGGCAGAGAGCUGGUGUUACACACAGGUCAAAGUUGUGAAGUUUUCAUACAUGUGGACCAUAAACAACUUUAGUUUUUGCAGAGAAGAAAUGGGAGAGGUGUUGAAGAGCUCAACCUUCUCCUCUGGCCCUAAUGACAAGAUGAAAUGGUGUCUGCGAGUCAAUCCAAAGGGACUUGAUGAUGAAAGUAAAGAUUAUCUGUCAUUGUAUUUACUUCUUGUUAGUUGUCCAAAAAGUGAAGUCAGAGCAAAGUUCAAGUUUUCUUUGUUGAACGCUAAAAGAGAGGAGACAAAAGCGAUGGAAAGCCAAAGAGCAUAUAGAUUUGUCCAAGGAAAAGACUGGGGCUUCAAAAAAUUUAUAAGGAGAGAUUUCCUGCUUGACGAAGCCAAUGGACUCUUACCAGAUGACAAGCUUACCCUGUUCUGUGAGGUAAGCGUUGUCCAGGACUCCGUUAACAUUUCGGGACAGUCCAAUAUGAACAUGCUGAAGGUGCCGGAGUGUCAGCUGUCUGAUGACCUGGGGAACCUGUGGGAGUGUUCACGCUUCACAGACUGCAGCCUCUAUGUGGGAGGGCAGGAGUUCAAAGCCCACAAAUCCAUCCUUGCAGCAAGGUCACCGGUCUUUAAUGCUAUGUUUGAACAUGAAAUGGAGGAGAGUAAAAAGAACCGUGUUGACAUCAGUGACGUAGACCCAGAUGUCUUUAAGGAAAUGAUGGGCUUCAUUUAUACAGGAAAGGCCCCGAACCUGGAGAAGAUGGCAGACAAUUUGCUGGCAGCUGCAGAUAAAUACGCUCUGGAGCGUUUAAAGGUCAUGUGUGAAGAGGCCCUGUGCAACAGCCUUUCAGUGGAGAAUGUGGCCGACACCCUCAUCCUAGCAGACUUGCACAGUGCCGAGCAGCUCAAAGCACAAGCCAUAGAUUUUAUCAACAGGUGCAGUGUCCUGAGACAGCUGGGCUGUAAAGAUGGAAAGAACUGGAAUAGCAAUCAUGCUACAGACAUAAUGGAGACUGCAGGCUGGAAGUCAAUGAUCCAAUCCCAUCCUCACUUGGUAGCCGAGGCCUUUCGUGCCCUGGCUUCAGCACAGUGCCCACCCUUUGGUCUUCCCAGGAAGCGUCUAAAACAGUCCUGACUGUGCCCCGGGACUUUACUGGAGGUGUGAAGCAUGGGUUUACAAAGGAAGGACUAGCGAGGGUACCACUCUUUUAUUCCCACCAAAACUGAACACACUUGAAUAAAGGAGAGUGGAGCUUUCUGGCCAGGGAUUUGGGGAGGCUGGCACGUGGACGACUGACAUCAGUGGAUUAGGGGAAAAAAUUGGUAAAAUUGGUGUUGCUUGCUUGCUUUGCUUCCCCAACUGAAUUCCGUUCAGCCCGGGUAGCAAGUCAAGCUGUCCGCUACUGUUUUUUUCCUGUAAUUUUAAAAAUGGCCUUAAUAUAUCUGCCAUUGCUUUGGAGCUGCUCCAGAGUACUUUGUCUAUUUUACUCUGUGCCUGCCUUGUCACAAAGACCAGGCCUCCUCCAGGUUGCACUAGUUCCCAUGAAUAGUCAUUUUGAUAUGGAGUUCUAUAGGAACGUAACAAAGGUUUAACUAAAUGGGAAAUAUUAUAUAUUUGUAAUGUUUAGCCCGUUUUGUGACUAGACAUUAAAAAGCAUGAACACUUUCAGUGCAAGGUCAGUUCUUUACACUUUUUAAAAGAUGUGUAUGCCCCAUAUUGAUGGCACCAUUUCUAUGUAAAUGACAGUUGAACCAUCUUCAGAAGACCAGUGUACAAGAAAGUCUGUUCUAUUGCAUAUUUGUGGGGAAAAAUUGUAAUCUGCCAUUAUGAAGACCCAGUGUCAAUCCUUAUAAUACACGUAAGGCGGAAAAGUGUCUAUACUUUGGCCCUAAUAUAUAAAAACAUUGGAAGUAUUUACUCAGUCUCCCAUUUGAAUGACAUAUUCCAGAUCAUACGUCUGUGAACUGUUAUAGAUUAAAUUUUGAGAAUUUCUGUCCUUUUAGUAUCGCCAACUUGCAAAUAUUAUAUAUUCUCAAUAUAUUGUGGUUAACUAAAAGUGGAGAGACUAAUGCAUGGUCAUGUUAUUGUCAAAGAAAGUGUCCAAGUACCAAUUUUGUUUUAACAAUUUAUUUUCUGCAAUUAUCUGACAUCUUUGUGCAGAAUGACAUGAAUUGAGUAUGUGCAAAAAUUUCCUCUAACAUGCUUGGAUAUUUGUAGGAUGCUGAGCAUCACUUCUACUGGCAAUGUUAUUCUGUGUUUGAAUGGGGGGGUUGUCAUGUUUAUUCAGUCCGUCUCGUAUGUAGUGUGGUGUGACCGACACUUCAGAGGAUUUUGUAAAUUAAAAGAGUAGCAUCGUUUUUACAUGAUAUUACUCAUCAUUCAGAGUCAUGUUGAGAUGUUGAAACUUUUGUUUGGAAGCAAAAAAGAUGAAGUUGUUGUCUGCAAGAAUGCCUGCAUUAACCCAUUAAACCAUUUUCCAGCAGUCUGAAGAAGCCCACGUUUUUUGUUGUUUAAAUCAAUGUGACAACAGAUUUCAGUUUAAGGGAGGUCAUUAUUCUCUUUACUGUUUCCUUUUAAUGGUCGUAUUAAUGGAUGUGAGUGUCGGGCUGAGCUGUUUUUUUUUUCUCUCUGUCUGCACAGGUUUUCUUUUAAAUGCAAGAUUAGAAAACAACAUGGUGAUAAUCAAAAGAAAAUGUGCUUAAACUGGAUUAGCAUAGUAACAUGUUGAAUGUUGAACCUUUCACAGCACAUGAAAGACAUUUUUGUCUCUCUUUUUAUGUUUGAAUGCUCGGCAGAAGCUCUAAUUAAAGCGAACACGAGGCCGCGCUUUCCUGCUGGAACAGAGACGUCUUCAUCAGCAGCUUGCUGAUCCUCGUCCGCCCCUCUCAGCACAGAUCCUAGGAAAAGACCUGAUAGCAUCUAUGCUUUAGGACGCCUCUCCAACCUUUUAUCUUUCGCUUCCCUCUGCUAACUGUUAUGCUUGAAAGAGAAGAUGCCUGCAGUGGCAUCGUCACAAUUGAACAAUUUGGAUCGUAGGAAAUUAGAUUGUGAAGAGGUAGUGGACAAUCACACUAAAAAUGAACUUGAUGCUUUAAUAUAAAUAUGGGCUGGCUGACAUUGGGUAUUUUUUUGUUGAAAUACUAUUUUAAUAUGAUUCCAAAAAAACUUAGGCUGCAGUAGAAUGUCCUGACUUACAAUAAGUGACAGAUAAAAUAGACAAAGUAAACACUCAAUAAUCAGUGCUCAAUGCAUCCCAGGAGGUUUUGUGAUGCUUUUAACUACAGUGCUUUCCUCACACUCAUCUGCUUAAGUUCAUAGUUGCCUUGUUUCUCAAAAAUGUUUUUUGACAAACCCAAUGAAGGGUCAGGAACUUGUCAAAUCCAGUUGUGAACAAAUUAUGGACUGUAAACCUUUACAGAAAGAUUUCAUUAACAUGUUCAAAUGCAAGAUGUCUUGUUGCCGUGUGAGAUUCUGGUCUGGUGAAGCGGCAAGAGGAGAAUAUAAACAUUUUGACCUUUUUGGUAAUUGACUGGUGGGUUUGCAACAAUAUGAAAAUGUAUUGUCCUGAUUGUCUUGGCUGAAAAAAUGCAAUUCAUGAUGUUACCCCAGUCUUUAAAAAAUGCAACUUUAACAUGUACUGUGAUCACUUUACAUUCAUCACAGAUAAGACAUAUUUUGGGUGAACAUCCUUUUUUCGUGAAAAACAUUUGUUAACUAUUUGAAAAGGCACCACACCUGCAUAUGAAAAAUGCUAAAACUUGAUUAAGAUGUUUUUCUUUUAAGAUUGUUUUUUUUUUUGUCACGAUCAACUUAUUGAGAGGGUUGUUUUAUUUCUUAUCGCAACCCAUGACAAAAUGACCUCUGAAGUAAAUUUUUACCCGUUCUGACAAAAUAUAUUUACCAUAUCACAUGCCCCUAAUAUGAUUGGAUUUGAUACUACAGAUGCUUUCUGAAGAUUAACAUGUCUUCACCUCAUCGUUAAUGUCUAUGAGGAUGCAUAUACAUUUGUACAUAAUUGAUGUGAAUUGUCAGAUGAGUGUAUAACACGGUCAAUUAGCUAACAUAUUGAAAGUCAUUUAUUAUUUGAGUCUAAUAAUAUCCUGAGAAGUGAAAUGUACAUUAACAUUCCUCUUAGUUUUCCAAGGAUUGGGAUGUAUGCAGCAGGAAAGCCUGGUGUGACUUGAUGCCUAAGGAGUGGGUGCCUCACCCUGAUCAGAUAAGAGUAAUGGAAGCGAUGAAAAGACCCCUGUCCCUGAUGGCCACAGCAAAAUGGAUGUGCUCCCUGAGGUGUACCUCUGGUAUCAUCCACGCCUGUGGACACAGAUUUAUUGCCCAUUAAAAAGCUACACUGAAAUGUACCUCUUAAAAUGGUGUGUUUAUCCUGUUGAGAAGUCCUUGUAGGAAUGAAACGAGACAAGUGUGAGCACCGACAGACUGGAGCUGACUCAGUGUGACAAUAUGCUGUGAGCCAAGUUCAAAUAAGGUUUAAUGCCAUAAAAACCUUAAUUGAUCUUUACAAUUUCAUUUUAACAAAAUGAACCCCCUAUGAAAUGAAAUAUUCCAAAAUGAACAUUUGUACUUACACUAUACACACAGCAGUGCUCUUUUUUUCUUCCUAUUUUA